AUGACAAACUCCUUCAAAACAAUCCCAGCCACAGAAAUAGGCGCCUUCACGCCUGGCGGCCCAACAACAGCAUUCAACCCACCGCUAGAUCCCGCAACAAAAGACUACCGCCUAAACCACCUCGCCCUCCGCAUAACCGACCCCGCACGCUCCCUCCACUUCUACGUCGACCUCCUCGGCAUGCGCGUAGUCUUUAACAUGAAUGCUGGUCCAUUCACGAUCUAUUAUCUUGGUCACCCGCCCGCAGACACGGAUAGUACAGGAAAAGAGGGGAUGGAGAAGUGGGCAGAAACUACAUCCCAGAUGCCCGUUUUAACUAGGACUAGUGGGCUUUUGGAGCUUUUCCAUGUGCACGGCACUGAGGAUAGCGCUGAUAAUAAUGGGGAGCUGGGGGUAGGUGUUUCCAAUGGAAAUGUCCCGCCGAAUUUGGGAUUCGCGCAUCUAGGGUUUACGGUUCCGGACGUAAAUGCUGCUGUUGAGAGGUUGAGGGAUGGUGGAGUGGAGAUUUUGAAGGAGCCUGGUGUUUGUACGAGGGAGUCUGUGCCUUUGAGUGAGUGGGAGGCUGAGAGGGGGGUUGGAGUUGGGGAGAUUCAUGGGAAUUAUGCUUGGUUCUUUGAGAAGUUUGCUAUGGUUGCUGAUCCGGAUGGAUAUAUGGUGGAGUUGACACCACAGAAUAUUUAG